CCUCCUCCAGUGGGGCGCUGCCACAUUCCUCCACCCGGAGGAUCACCUCGCGUGUCCGGCCGGCACCUGCCGCCUUCCUCCUCCGGUCCUCCCCGUUGCUGCAUUGGCUAGCUUAGCUCCGAGCCUCCGACUCGAUCCAUCCUGCUGACCUGAGAGGCGCGGUACGUACGGUACCAGCAGCUGCAGGUCAGUUAGUUAGCUAGCCCGUCCCCCCGUCCCCUCCAGGCUCCAGUAGUUAGCCCCAUGGACAGGGGGAUGGCGGACAGGCGGCUCCUCGCCUCCUGUAUUCCGGGCAUGGAGGCGGCGGCGGAGAGGGAGGACGAGGGGCUGGAGCUCAGCCUCUCGCUGCACCCGUCGUCCCCGUCGUCGCCGCCCAGGUUCCAGGCGGUCUUCGCCUGCUGCUACUGCCCCAGGAAGUUCCGCAGCUCGCAGGCGCUCGGCGGCCACCAGAACGCGCACAAGCUGCAGCGCAACCUGGCAAGGCGAGGCCGGGAGGCCACCUCGGCGCCACCCGCGCCGCCGCCGCCGCCGCCGGUAGCCGACCAGGGCAUUGGCAGGGCGUCCGGCAGCGACAGCGCGCCGCCGCCGCGCUCCAGGGUGGAGCCCGCGGCCGCCGGUGCGUGGGGGGAGGGGAGGCACCACCACCACCGCCGUCCGCACCAGCACCACCUUUAUCAGCAGCGCCCGGCCCCGGCGGGGGGCGCGGAAGCCUCGUCCGGUGCGUCAAGGGGCGGCGGAGAGGAUGCGGAGGAGAUUAUUGACCUGUCCCUCAAGCUAUGAACUGAUCCAUCCAUGAGCUCUGGCUAGCUAGCUAGCUCAGCAGGCCAGCACUACUAGCAGCAGCAGCAGCUCCUCCUCCGAUCCUCUUGGUCCUCUUCCAUUAGCUUAUUAAUUGCUUAGUCGUUUCUUCAUCACGCCAUUAUUAUUUCUUGUUUGAUGAUCUACCGUACGUACGCGUGUUAUUCCUUGUCUCAGCUCUGUGGACUCAUAUGCAUGAUUGAGA